AUGCAUGGCUUUGAUUUCCGAAGCAUAUCUCAAUCUGAUUUUGAAGCGAUUGGUCAAACAUACAUUUCAUCAGCACCUGAUCAAAUAACAGCGAUUUGUCUCUCAAAUAGUGAACACACUCCUAUGCAAAUCGAUUAUUUUUUCGAACAAGGAUUUAAAUUUUCUAAAUUUAUUCAUUUACAAUCACUUUCAAUAUAUUAUUUACCUGCCGGACUAUUAGCUCAUCUAAUCAUAGAUGAACUUCAAAAUUUACCAAAAUUUUCUCGUCUCGUCUACAAACCAGUAUACCUGUCAAACAAUUCAUUUGAAGUACACUAUUUCAUUAGUAGUAUUUGGAAUUUAACAAACUUGAAAUAUUGCUGUUUAAAAUUUGAAUUUGGAAGGUCUGUUAUGUGUUUUCCUGUACCAUCCAUAGUUUCUUCUAGUAUUCAAUAUCUAACCUUAGAAAAUAUUGAAAUAUCAUCAAACGAAUUUAUUCAAUUAUGCGAACAAACACCAAAUUUACAAUAUUUAUCCACGACUCUUACUUUCGAAUAUCCUUUCUAUCGUCAAUUGUCAAUCGUUCCUAAAAUCACUAAAGCAUACAUAACUUAUGCUUGGCGAUCGGAUCAACUAAUAACAGUAUUAGAAAUGCUCCCUGCAUUAAGUUAUCUGAAAUUAAAUAUUAAAGAUUUUGUUAUAGAUGGAUAUCAAGUAGAAAAACUUAUUCGAGAAAAUUUACCACAACUGAAAGAUCUGCAUCUUCGUAUGGGACAUACGUUUGAUAAUGGUGAUAAUAAAGAACAAGAAAUUGAUAGAAUAUUAAAUACUUUUCGUAGUCCAUUUUGGAUUGAUGAACAUCAUUGGUUUAUGCAAUGCGAAUGGAAGUCAGAUGGACACAACUGUGUUUUCUAUACAUUACCAUACAUGUUCGAAGGAUACCAAUAUUCAGAACCAAUUUUAUUGAAAACAACUUAUCCUAUUGAAAAUAAACAAUGGCUGAAUAAAACAGUAUAUUCACUUAAUUAUUUUUUAUCAAAUUCCGAUUGCUCUGCGUUAUUAAACAUUCAGUUUCUCAACGCUACAAUUCUUUCUAUUAAACUUCCUAUUAACGAAAAGUUUUGGUCUAUGAUACCAAGUGUUGCUCAAGUAAAAAAUCUUUUUGUAUCAUUCACUGAUAAUGAUGAUGAUAACAAUCGAAAUCAGCUACAAAAUAUACUGAGUCAAAUAACUUGUUUGUCGAUUUUUUACAUUCGUGAACAUCCAUCAAGAGUUUUCAAUAUAUUAUCAUUCGGCAACAAAGAUCUAUCUGCAUUCUUCUUAGAUUUAAUUUCAACUGAUUUCGUAUAUAAUAAUGAUCAAUGUGUUAAAUUAAGUCAACUGUCGUUUGUCACUAAUUGUAAAGCACUUGCUAUUGUUGUUGAAAAUCGAACAUGCGUUACGAAUCUUAUAAACGCAUUGAAUAAUCUUCAAGCAUUGACAGUUGUAUGUCAAGAUGAUAAUUGGAAUGAAGAAUCAAUGUCUGAUGAUGAUGAUGAUGAUGAUGAUGAUGAUGAUGAUGAUGAACUUCUUCAAUGGUUUCAACAACAACUACCAUCUAUAUACAUUAUACUGCGAAGAAGUGAUAUACCACGAAUCAUCGCAUUUUGGAUACGUUAA